AUGACAUCUACAGCUCAACCCACACUCUCGUUUCCUCGGGAAACUUUUGCGAAGCUCUCUCCUCAUCCAUAUCUCCUCGCACAUCUCCAACCAAGCUCUCCAACUAAUUCAUCUAAACGCGCAAAUGGCCGAUCGCCAACUCAAUUUCGUGGCCCACACAUCAAUACCGGCUCACUCACUCAUGCUGAGGGUAGCGCGGUCGUACGUAUAGGAGAUACCGCCGUCGUCUGUGGAGUCCGAGGUGAAAUUCUUCUUGCCAGCAAUGUUGGAACCUACAGAGUCGACAAGUCUACGACCGCUCCCUCGUCGCGACCGGGGUACAAUGAAGCAAAAGAAUUGGAUUUACUGGUUCCAAACAUUGAGCUAGCUACAGGAUGUUCGCCUGCAUUUUUACCUGGUCAGCCACCGACUACAUUGGCGCAAAGUUUAAGCACGAGGAUAUAUUCAUUAUUACACAGUUCGCGCAUGGUAGAUGAUGAGGACUUGAGAAUUUGGUAUCAGCCACCAGAUCUGAACGAACAGGAUAGAAUGGAAGAUGAAGAAGAACCAGAGAGCGUUGAGCCCGAAGUUAAGGCAUUUUGGACUUUAUACAUCGACAUUUUGUUCAUUUCGCUUGAUGGAAACCCAUUUGAUGCUGCUUGGGCCGCUGUUGUAUCCGCUUUGAGGAAUGUGAGAUUACCAAAGGCACAUUGGGACGUAGAUCGAGAGAUGAUACUUUGUGAUGAUGAGAUAUCUUUAUCCAAGAGACUUAAUUUGAGAGGACUGCCAGUUGCUGUCACAUGUUUGGUAUUCAAGGCAAAAGAGCAAAAGCGCGGAAAGGAUAAGAAAUAUUGGGUCUUGGCGGAUCCGGACACAUUUGAAGAAGGAUUAUGCGAUGAGUCUAUCACUAUGGUCGUUGACUGUGAAGCAGGCAAACCAAAAAUAAUGGGGUUGUCGAAAGUUGGCGGCACAACAGUUGGAAGGGACGAGAUGAAGCACAUUCUGGAGUUAGCCGAGACAAGAUGGCAUGAAUUAAGUCCAUUGCUAAGUGGAUAA